CUCCAAAUAAAAAUACAAAAAAAAAAAAUAUAUAUAUAUAUAUAUAUAAAAGAAAAAUUAAAGCAUUUCAUUAAUCAUUAGACACAAAUUAAUUGUCGCUUGCUUGGUGCCCUGACUCUGAGAUCCAUACUCAAUUCCCUAUUUCCCCACCCAAUCAACGAAGAAGGACUGAAUAUUUUUCUGGUCAAUUAAACAAAACAAAACACAUAGAAAUAAGGAAAAAAAAAAGAAAAAAAGAAGAAGCAAACAUCAAUGGCGUCAACGGAGGGGCUGGUGCCUAUAACUAGGACUUUCCUGGCUUCUUUCUACGACAAGUACCCUUUUGCCCCUCUCUCUGACGACGUCUCUCGCCUUUCCUCUCAGAUUCGCUCUAUCGCUAACGAUUUGCUCACUUAUCUUCCACCCUCUCAAGGUGAUAGCAUAUUGAUCCAAGAAGCAGACAGUGAACCUCCCCAUAAAAUCGAUGAGAACUUGUGGAAGAAUCGAGAACAUAUUGAAGAGAUUCUAUUUUUACUUGAAAGAUCUCAUUGGCCAUCAGCUCUCCAGCAGCAAUCAACACCGGAUGAUGCUGAACUUGCUAAAGUUUUUGGACAACUCAAACAUAAAUUUCAAAACAUUUUGAAGAUUUUGGAGUCAUUCCAAGCUAAGAAUUCCGAGCGCGUGUUCAAUACAGUUAUGACGUACAUGCCUCAAGAUUUUCGGGGAACACUCAUCAGACAACAAAGAGAUCGUUCGGAGAGGAACAAGCUGGCGGAGGUAGAGGCUUUGGUUAACUCAGGAGGAAGCAUACAUGAUCGAUAUGCUCUCCUUUGGAAACAACAAAUGGAGAGGAGGAGACAGUUAGCUCAGCUUGGUUCAGCUACAGGUGUCUACAAAACCCUUGUGAAGUAUUUGGUGGGGGUUCCCCAGGUUUUAUUAGAUUUUAUUCGCCAAAUAAAUGAUGACGAUGGGCCGAUGGAAGAACAACGACAACGCUACGGACCACCUUUAUACAGCCUUACGUCAAUGGUGCUUUUUAUUCGACUCUUGCUCUUUUUGGCUUGGGGGCGGUUUGAGGUUGGCAAAUUAAACAAGCAACAGGUAGCUGUCUUGGAGCAAGGUGUUAAUGUUUACACAAUUGAGUUUGAAAGAUUCUUAAGGUUCAUUAGUGAGGUCUUUGCGAAUUCCCCCUUCUUUAUCUCAGCAGAGGUUGCUGGUGCUAUAGAGGCAAGGAAAAAUGAUGACUUCAAAGAAAUAACUGUUCCAGCCGGAAAAACGUUUGAGGUAUCGUUGUCAGUGGACAUGAUAAAUUCUUAUAUUGCUUGGGAUUUCUCACUCGUGCAAGGCAAGGUGAACCUGGAUAUUGGAUUUAGUGUGGAGUAUGCUGAUCCUUCUGGGGUAAAAACUCUAAUAUUACCUUAUAAGCGUUACGAGUCUGAUCAAGGCAACUUCUGCACAAUCAUGGCUGGAAGCUAUAAAUUGAUAUGGGACAAUUCAUAUUCGACUUUCUUUAAAAAGGUGAUACGAUAUAAGGUGGAUUGUAUACCUCCAGUUGUGGAGCCAGUUACAUCUGCAACUCCAACGGAAGGAUGAAAAGAUCAAUUUUUUAAGUAGAAUCAUCCUGGCAGAUUGGUUUAUGUUGGAUUCAAAUUGUAUCAUGUUGUCAUUCUUAUUCUUUUUGCACUUUCUAAUGUUGGUUAUCUUUAUUGGGUUUCUUGACUUCUUCUUUACUUCAUUGGCAUUUUCUAUUUGUUUGGUCCUAAGAACGUUAUGCCCUGUAUAAAAACUUGUAUAUUACAAGAAACUAAUAUAAUCAUUCCUCACACAACCGUAAAUGUAUUUCAUUUAUUUCUGCUUA